GACUUUUGCACACGGCACUCAAACACAGAACCAGGAAGCAGGAAUUGCAUGAGUUCAGGGAAAGUGAAACUGAAGUGCAGUUGAGCUGUUGUGUGUUUGUGUCUCUGUAUUCAUGCAGUAAAAUGGCAGAAGCCAGAAUUUCUGAGGAUGAGUUCAUGUGUUCAGUGUGUCUGGAUCUUCUGAAGGAUCCAGUGACCACUUCCUGUGGACACAGUUACUGUAAGAGCUGUAUUACAGGCUGCUGGGAUCAGGAGGAUCAGAUGAGAGUCUACAGCUGCCCUCAGUGCAGACAGACCUUCAGUCCAAGACCUGCUUUAGCUAAAAACACCAUGCUGGCUGAAGUGGUGGAGAAACUGAAGAACACUAAACUUCCUGCUGACUGUUAUGCUGGAGCUGGAGAUGUGCAGUGUGACGUCUGUACUGGAAGAAAACACAAAGCCGUCAAGUCCUGUCUGGUGUGUCUGGAGUCUUACUGUCAAACUCAUUUUGACCGUCAUGAGGAAUUUCACUCACGUAAGCCACAUAAAGUGACUGAUGCCACUGGACAACUGCAGGAGAUGAUCUGCCCAACACAUGAGAAACUCCUUGAGGUUUUCUGCCGCACUGAUCAGAAGUGUAUAUGUGUGCUGUGUACGAUGGAUGAACAUAAAAACCAUGACACUGUAUCAGCUGCAGCACAGAGGACAGAGAAACAGCACCAGCUGAAGGAGACGCAGAAGUCGUUCCAGCAGAGGAUCCAGCAGAGAGAGAAAGAUCUUCAGCAGCUGAGAGAGGCUGUGGAGUCUCAUAAGCGCUCUGCACAGACAGCAGUGGAGGACAGUGAGAGGAUCUUCACUGAGCUCAUCCGCUCCAUUGAGAGAAGCUGCUCUGAGGCCACACAGCGGAUCAGAGAUCAGGAAAAGACUGCAGUGAGUCGAGCUGAAGGACGAGUGGAGCGACUGGAGCAGGAGAUCAAUGAUCUGAGGAGGAGAGACACUGAGCUGGAGCAGCUUUCACACACACAGGAUCACAUCCAUUUCCUGCAGAGUUUCCAGUCUCUCUCAGCUCCUCCUGAAUCUACAGAUGUAAAUGAUGAUCUCUUCAGUUCUCUCUCCUCUUUUGAUGGCGUGAGAGAAUCUGUCCUUCAGCUGAGAGACAAACUGGAGGAUUUCUGCAAAGAGGAGCUCAAGAAGAUCUCUGACAGAGGCACUUUCCCCAACAUUGUUCCCAGGACCAGGAACGACUUCCUACAAUAUUCUCAUCAGUUCAUUCUGGAUCUGAACACAGUGAAUAAACGCCUCCGUCUGUCUGAGAGGAACAGAGUGAUUACUGUCACUGACACAGAUCAGUCGUAUCCUGAUCAUCUAGACAGAUUUGAUAUAUGUCAGGUGUUGUGUAGAGAGAAUGUAAGUAAUCAACACUGUUACUGGGAGGUUGAGUGGAGUGGAGAUGUGUCUAUAUCAGUGUCAUAUAAGAGCAUCAGCAGGAAGGGACGGGGUCGUGACUGUUUGUUUGGAUAUAAUGAUCAGUCCUGGAAUUUGAUCUGCUCUUCCUUCAGUUACUCAUUCUGGCACAAUAACAUAGUGACUAAAUUCCCUGUAAAGUCCAUCCGAUGCAGGAGAAUAGGAGUGUAUGUGGAUCACAGUGCAGGAACUCUGUCCUUCUACAGCGUCUCUGGAGACACAAUGAUCCUCAUCCACACAGUCCAGACCACAUUCACUCAACCACUCUAUCCUGGGUUUAGGGUUGGUUAUAAAUCAUCAGUAAAACUGUGUUGAUAAAUUAGAAAAGACUAUUGUAGGACCAAAAUCAGUUCAAAUGGAAUAAUUAAUUUACAGUCAUUUAGUUCACGACCGACCAAUCGAAUCAUCCAGCGUUCAUCUGCUCGGGCCUUAAUAAGCUCUUGUAGUGGAUAUGAAUAUCUACUAUUGUGAAAACACUAAUUAGAGUGCGGUAACUUUAAGAUCGACAGUUUAAGACAUUUAAAUUUUACUUUUUUGUUACUAGUUCUUGUGAUGUGACUAUUUAUACUUAGGUGUUUGUCCCACCUCUGAGAGGCGUUCUGGCCAAUCAGAUAUCGUCUUGGUUCAAAAGGUGGCUUUUCUCCGCCCCAAAUCAUAAAAUAAGCAUUAUUUCUCUGGAAUUGCCGGCUUUGGCAGAGAAUACUGUUUAGGCAUAAUUUCUAUUAAAUGGAAUAUGAUACAUUUUACACAGAUUGUUUGGAACAAUAUGAUGCAGUCGUAAAAACAGUCUCUGUGAGUUUUUCUGUUAUGUUAGGUCACUCAGAAAAACAACAUGGUCUGAAUUGUCUCUGUCUCUUUUAAACUGGAGAUCAAAGACACUUUAUCUUCUGGUGACCAUUUGGUUUCUACAAAUGGCUAAAAAGUUUGCCACCUCUCCUUCAGUCAGGAAGCAUGGGGGUCAUAAAAGUACCUAGCAGGGGUUUUCUGUAGACAGACUGGAGCCAAAAAUUAGAUUCUCUGAGCUUGGGUUUCUGGAAUUAUGAUUUGAAAGAAUCAACUGAAUGAUUCAUUUGACUGGUUUGUCCACAGUUCCUACACUGUAGAGAGGUUAUACCCAUAAUACUUUCAUUAUUUCAUUACAUUAAGUCUUCAUUCCUGGGGGGUAGUGGUCAAUGCUACAACACAUCCGAGAUCCGAGUUCGAGACCUGGCUUGAACUAGGCUAAACAGUAUUGCUAUUUUUAAGGUAAAGUCUUGGGACAAUAGGCCUAGCCUAUUUAUUUAUUACAGGUGUUUAUUACAGGUGUUUAUUGGUGAAAUUUAUGUAAAAUGAGGAAUACAGAAUCUUAUUCUUGCAAUAUUUUACAUUUGUUUUGCCAAAUAGGUUGCUGUGUAUGAUUUAAAAAAAAUGGAAAUAGUUCAAGUUAAGAACAGAAGUUUUUCUUUUUGUCUCUCUCGCCAACACGUUAGAUUUCAAUUUCCUUGUCAAGUCAAGUCACCUUUAUUUAUAUAGAGCUUUUUACAAUGAAGAUUGUGUCAAAGCAGCUUUACAGUGAUAACUGGUAAAUAAUUUUGGCUGCACAGUUAAUUUAGUUCAUUCAUCUAUACAUCGACUCUGAAGAAAACAGUUAUGUCAUCGUCCAGCUCAGUUCAGUUCUCAUACAAUGGUGUCGAUGCAGGGAGAUCAAAAACAUUGUUGAAUAUCAGUGUCCCCAACUAAGCAAGCCAGAGGCGACAGCAGCAAUGAACCCAAACUCCAUCAGGUGACAAAAUGGAGAAAAAAAACAACCAGGAUCAGUCGGGGGGGCCAGUUCUCCUCUGGCCUUUAGUGAACAGUGCUUGAUUAUGAUUCAGGCAGCUCUACAGGUCAUAAGUCAGACUGGGAUUACAACAGUCAAAAUAUUUAAUCUAGUUCCAUCUAGUUAAAGAUCGUAUUCAUCACGCGUUAUGGGACGACGGUAUCUGUCUUCCUCGCUGACGCACGAUUCACACCUUUAGCUAUUGUCCUGCACCCCCACCGUGAAGCUACUUAACUCUCCCAACCCCAAUAUCUGAGCAUCUGAGACUACAAACAAGAGUCUCAAAAGAACAAUUCAGACUUAAAUGACUAUUCUAUUAGCCUAAUUAAAUAUUUUAAAGUGUAUAGAUAAUGAAGGAAUUAGUCUAAAUCAUUUACAUGUUGUUUUAUUUUUGUCAUAAAAGUUUAUUAAUUGUUAAAUAUUUCAUUAUUCAAUAAUUAAAGAAUUCAAACAGAAUCAGAUGCAUUACCUGAUCAGUUUACUCCGCUUUACUAUGCCAGCUUUUCCCAAA